GCUGCCAUCAAUUGAAUAGAAAUGGUACUUGGAAUAUAGACAGCCACGACAGGUCGAAGAUUAGCUUCGUUUUUGUAUAGGAGAGCGGUAUAUGGCAUGUAGGGUCUGGGGUUUUGAUUUAAAAGGAUGACUUUCGGGGACUAGCCGUUUUGUUUCGUGAUCACGAAGAUCGAAGGUUCGCAUGACUUGGUGUUUGUUAUUUUUAUUUCAUAUAUUCGAUCAAUAAUUUGGCACAUUUUGGGAAGAGAAAUUUUUACAUUUCCGCGUUGCUGAAAGUAAAGCAUAUCUUACUUUCAGAUCUGUGGCAGAUCGUUUACUUUAGUGUUAGAAGAAUAUGGAACGUUCUUUUGAAGGAACAAGGUCAGUGGAUGAGAGCUCACCACUACUAACAGGACUAUCAACACCAGCUAUAAAUGAACAAGAGUCAGCUGGUUCUUCUAAAACUGGGAUUUUCUCUUGUGCUGUCAUCUGUAUACUCUUUACAGAGUUGUGUGAGCGACUGACGUUUUAUGGCAUCAAUGGUAAUUUGGUGUUGUUUGCUACUGAGAAAGACCAUUUGCAUAUGCAACCAUCCAAAGCCUCGAUUUUAGCAUAUGUGUGGUCAGGAACAUGUUUCACAAUGCCAAUUAUUGGUGGUUGGUUGGCAGACUCGAAAUUUGGGAAAUUUGCAGUGAUAUUCUGCAGUGCAAUCAUCUACCUUAUUGGAACGCUGCUAUUACCCCUUGCCUCGAUUACAAGUGACAAAUCAGAACACAGUCAAUGGGCUGCAAAAGGCAUUCUUAUUAAUCCAGUUUUUACAAAAGUGGUUUAUAUCACUGGCUUAUUCCUUGUUGCAUUUGGAACAGGUGGAAUAAAGGCAAAUGUUUCCCCAUUUGGGGCUGAACAGGUUUCCAACCGAGGACCGGCUGCUAUUCAAGCCUUCUUCAGUUGGUUUUACUGGUUCAUAAACAUCGGCGCUCUGCUUGCAUUUACCUUUGUCGUGUAUAUCCAACAGCAAAAGUCUUAUUUUUACGGAAAUCUCAUUCCCGCCUGUUCGCUUGUGCUAGCGCUUAUCAUUUUCCUCAUUGGCAAGCCAAGCUAUAAACUUUGUCCACCAACUGGUAGCGUGCUGGAGACGACUCUAGCGAUUAUGAAGGAGGCGAUAAAAAGGUCAAGAAGGCGGAGGUCGUCUGUUUCCAAUGAUUUUGUCAGCCAUUGGCUGGAUAGAGCUAAACUGUCUUAUGGUGGUUCGUAUAGCAACUGGGAGGUUGAAGACGUAAAAAAGGUCUACAGACUUUUGCCGAUAUUUGCCACUUUUAUUUUAUACUGGACCGUCUAUGCGCAGAUGAGCACAUCAAUGGUCUACCAAGGCGAGUACAUGGACAUCAAUAUAGGUGGCGGUUUUCUGAUUCCCAUCGCUUCGCUCGCUCUUCUCGACACUCUGGGUGUCCUUCUUCUCAUACCCUUCAUGGACAAGAUCUUUUACCCUCUUAUGGAAAAAGCUGGCUUUCAACGACCAAGCCAACUGAAGCGUAUUGGAAUCGGCAUGGUGAUAGCCACUGCGAGCAUGGCCUGUGCCGGGGGGAUUGAGUUGGUCCGGAGGCACAAUUGUUGUAUGAUGCAACAUCGAGAGGGUGGCAAUGCUAACGGCACGCGUAUUUCCCAAAUCACGAUAUUCUAUCAAGUUCCGCAGUACACGUUGGUUGGACUCAGUGAGGUUUUCACCAGCAUCACAGGUCUAGAACUUGCGUACACAGAAGCACCGAAAUCUCUUCAAGGUGUAAUCAUGGGUGUGUACCUUCUAACAACUGGUCUGGGGACUUACAUUGGAGCCGCGCUGGUGGCGAUAGUCAAUGCGAUCACCGAAGCAGUCAAUGGAAAGGAGGGGAAAUGGUAUCCGGACACUGAUCGAAUCAAUGAAGGUUAUCAUUUGGCCUACUACUUCUUUUUGCUCGCAUUUAUAAUGUUCUUAAAUUUUAUUCUGUACAUAUUCGUCGCCCUGAGUUUCAAGGUCAAAAAAGAAACGGCGAAUCGGGCGGGCGUGUCGAACGGGGCUAUGAAUGGAGGCGAGCCACCGCCGGGGGGCACAGCAAGAGUUGCGCAGGAUAAUUCUUGGAGCUCUUCUGCAAGAGUGUCUAAUUGAUGAUAAUUACUGACCGCAUGUUCGGUUCGUUGUAUUUAUUUUUCACAACAUCUCCAGGGCAGAUAAACGUUUUUACAAACGUAGAUUGUAAUGAAAAUGAUUUCUAAACAAUUAGAUAAUUCCACUUCCUUCGUCUUAUAUAAACGUGAAUUAGACGUUGAAAACCCGUAGGUCAGAUGAUGAAACUCAGAUGAUGAGUUUCAAACAAAAGGCUGAGUUUAGCUUUUAUAAAUCCGAAAAAAAUAAUAUCAUAAUUAACAAAUUCUAGAUUUCAGAAAGCUAAAUGUCGGGAAAAAGAACAACUCCCCUCAAAAUUUUGUACAUUUUCAAAUUAUUUUUUGUGAAAACAUUAAAUGAGACUUUAAUAUAUACGAGAAAGAUCUCAAGACGCAAAGACUCAAAAAAUUUCAUUUAUUUUAUAUAAACAGUGGCCUGUUUUAAGUGUUUUUAUAAUCUUUCAUGGUAGUCUCAGCCUAAAUUGGCUAAAAUUAAACAACAAUAGUUCAUCUUUGGUACUUUUGCCUAAAUAUAAACUUCGAAACUCAAACAUAGUUUUAAA